CCAGGGAUGCAGGAAACAAAAACAUUGCCAACCAUUGGCUGGGUCCACCUUGGACCCCUGGCUCUAGAGCCAGGUCUGGAACCUGGGAACACACGUUUCCGGGGCAGGGGUGGCGCUGUCCCGCCGAGCGUCAGCCUUGAAUACACACGCCACACGCAGGCUCCGCGAGCAGGGCAGCUUCCUCCCCGCUGGGAUGGGCGUGGGGCCCUGCGCUCCGCACACAGUCCCCACCGGGCUCGCGAGAAGCCACCCGCAGUCACCCGGGCUCGCGGCGACUGAGCCGCGCUGUCGUCAUUCAUUCGCAGUGCCCGGAGCGUCCUUCCAGCUCGCUUCCCCGAUGCGCGGUGUCCAAGAGCGGUGAUCUCGGGUUCCGCAGCUGGAGAUCACGGCGCCCUAGGGGCUCGGAUUCCCGCACAAGCUCGCCCUUGAACGAAGCCGCGCCCGGAGACCGAGCCCCGCCGCUUGUUCGCCCCGCUGUGGGCCGGGCCAAGCUGGGAGGCUGUGCGCUUGGCGAGCGCGGCAACGCGGGGAGGAUGCUACUUGCUCGGUCCCGAUCCCUGUUGUCGUUCCCGGCUGCCCGCUGGGUCUUUGUCGCGGGCCGGGAGCCACGGGCUGCAGCCUGCUGAAGGCCAUCGCGGCCCCGCACCCACGGCCGGGCAGGCGCGCGUGUGCCCGGGAGAGCGCGCCAGUGUGCGGGCCUCUUUGUGCGACUGCCCGCGGCCACCGGGACCAUGUGGGUGAACCCCGAGGAGGUGCUGCUGGCCAACGCGCUGUGGAUCACCGAGAGAGCCAACCCCUACUUCAUUCUGCAGAGAAGGAAGGGCCACGGGGGCGACGGGGGCGGCGGCGGCGGAUUGGCGGGCCUCCUCGUGGGUACCCUCGAUGUGGUAUUGGACUCCAGUGCCCGUGUCGCACCGUACCGAAUCCUUUAUCAGACUCCAGACUCUCUAGUCUAUUGGACCAUUGCCUGUGGUGGCUCCAGGAAGGAGGUGACUGAGCACUGGGAAUGGCUCGAACAGAAUCUGCUGCAGACUCUCUCCAUCUUUGAGAAUGAGAAUGACGUCACCACAUUUGUAAGAGGAAAAAUCCAGGGCAUCAUUGCAGAGUAUAACAAAAUCAACGAUGUGAAAGAAGAUGAGGAUACAGAGAAGUUUAAGGAGGCCAUCGUGAAGUUCCACAGGCUGUUCGGAAUGCCUGAAGAAGAGAAACUUGUCAACUACUACUCAUGUAGCUACUGGAAGGGGAAGGUCCCCCGGCAGGGCUGGGUAUACCUGAGCAUCAACCACCUCUGCUUUUCCUCCUUCCUGAUGGGGAGGGAAGCCAAGCUGGUGAUCCGGUGGGUAGACAUCACUCAGCUGGAGAAGAAUGCCACGCUGCUUCUGCCGGAUGUGAUCAAAGUGAGCACCAGGUCCAGUGAGCACUUCUUCUCCGUGUUCCUCAGCAUCAACGAGACGUUCAAGCUGAUGGAACAGCUCGCCAACAUAGCCAUGAGGCAGCUCCUGGACAACGAAGGGUUUGAACAAGACCGGUCCCUGCCAAAACUCAAGAAGAAGUCGCCCAAAAAAGUGUCCGCUCUGAAACGUGAUCUGGAUGCCAGGGCGAAGAGCGAGCGAUACCGCGCCCUUUUCCGGCUGCCCAAAGAUGAAAAGCUAGACGGACACACGGACUGUACCCUCUGGACUCCGUUUAACAAGAUGCACAUUUUGGGUCAGAUGUUUGUCUCCACUAACUACAUCUGCUUUACCAGCAAGGAGGAAAACCUCUGCAGCCUCAUAAUUCCACUCCGCGAAGUAACCAUCGUGGAAAAGGCCGACAGCUGCAGCGUGCUCCCCAGCCCUCUGUCCAUCAGCACCAGGAACAGAAUGACUUUCCUGUUCGCCAACUUGAAAGACAGAGAUUUUCUGGUGCAAAGGAUCUCAGAUUUCUUGCAGCAAACGACUUCUAGAAUCUACUCAGACAAAGAGUUUUCGGGAAGCUGCAACAGCUCAGAUGAUGAGGUGUAUUCCCGGCCGAGCAGCCUCGUCUCCUCCAGUCCCCAGAGAAGCACAAGCUCAGAUGCUGAUGGAGAACGUCCCUUUAACCUCAAUGGUAACAGUGUCCCUACAGCCACCCAGACCCUCAUGACCAUGUACCGGCGGCGAUCUCCCGAGGAAUUCAAUCCGAAACUGGCCAAAGAGUUUUUGAAAGAACAAGCCUGGAAGAUUCACUUUGCUGAGUAUGGGCAGGGGAUCUGCAUGUACCGCACAGAGAAGACCCGGGAGCUGGUACUGAAGGGCAUCCCAGAGAGCAUGCGCGGCGAGCUCUGGCUGCUGCUUUCAGGCGCCAUCAACGAGAAGGCCACACACCCCGGGUACUACGAGGACCUUGUGGAGAAGUCCAUGGGCAGGUACAAUCUCGCCACCGAGGAGAUCGAGAGAGACUUACACCGCUCCCUUCCAGAACACCCAGCUUUCCAGAACGAAAUGGGUAUCGCAGCUCUGAGGAGAGUCUUAACGGCUUACGCUUUUCGCAAUCCCAACAUAGGCUAUUGCCAGGCCAUGAACAUUGUCACUUCAGUGCUACUGCUUUAUGCCAAAGAGGAGGAGGCCUUCUGGCUACUUGUGGCCUUGUGCGAGCGCAUGCUCCCCGAUUACUACAACACCAGGGUUGUAGGUGCUCUGGUGGACCAGGGAGUCUUCGAGGAGCUGGCGCGAGACUAUGUCCCACAGCUGUAUGACUGCAUGCAGGACCUGGGGGUGAUCUCUACCAUCUCCCUGUCGUGGUUCCUCACGCUCUUCCUCAGUGUGAUGCCGUUUGAGAGUGCAGUGGUGGUCGUGGACUGUUUCUUCUAUGAAGGAAUCAAAGUGAUAUUCCAGCUGGCCCUCGCUGUGCUGGACGCCAACGUGGAUAAACUCUUAAACUGCAAAGACGAUGGAGAAGCUAUGACUGUCUUGGGAAGGUACUUAGACAGCGUGACCAACAAAGACAGCACACUGCCUCCUAUCCCUCACCUCCACUCCCUGCUCAGUGAUGACGUGGGGCCCUACCCUGCCGUGGACAUCUUCAGACUCAUAGGAACAUCCUACGAGAAAUUUGGAACUAUCCGGGCAGAUUUGAUUGAGCAGAUGAGAUUCAAGCAGAGGCUGAAGGUGAUUCAGACCCUGGAGGACACCACCAAACGCAAUGUGGUACGGACCAUUGUGACGGAGACCUCCUUUACCAUUGAUGAGCUGGAAGAACUGUACGCUCUCUUCAAGGCUGAGCAUCUGACCAGCUGCUACUGGGGCGGGAGCAGCAAUGCCCUGGACCGGCACGACCCCAGCCUGCCUUACCUGGAGCAGUACCGCAUCGACUUUGAGCAGUUCAAGGGCAUGUUCGUGCUGCUCUUUCCCUGGGCCUGUGGCACUCACUCCGAGGUGCUGGCCUCCCGCCUGUUCCAGCUCUUAGAUGAGAAUGGAGACUCCCUGAUUAACUUCCGGGAGUUCGUCUCUGGGCUGAGUGCUGCAUGCCACGGGGACCUCACAGAGAAACUCAAACUCCUGUACAAAAUGCAUGUCUUGCCUGAGCCAUCCUGCGAUCAAGAUGAACCUGACUCUGCCUUUGAAGCGACCCAGUACUUUUUUGAAGACAUCACGCCAGAAUGCACACAUGUUGUUGGCUUGGACAGUAGAAGCAAGCAGAGCACAGAAGACGGCUUCGUCACAGUGAGUCUGAAGCAGGACAGAGGGAAAAGGGCAAACUCUCAAGAAAACCGUAAUUAUCUAAAACUCUGGACUGCAGAAAAUAAGUCUAAGUCAAAAAACGCCAAGGAUUUGCCCAAGUUGAAUCAGGGCCAGUUCAUCGAGCUCUGUAAGACCAUGUACAACAUGUUCAGCGAAGACCCCAAUGAGCAGGAGCUGUACCACGCCACAGCCGCGGUGACCAGCCUCCUGUUGGAGAUCGGAGAGGUCGGCAAGUUCUUCAUCACUCAGCCCGCCAAGGAAGAUGCAGUUUCCGGACCACCCUGCGGCCAGGCCAUCUCAGGCAUGCUCUUCCCUAAGAAGGUGUCCAGCCAGCCCUAUGUGGUGGAAUCCGCAGAGCCACUCCCAGCUAGCCUGGCAGUCGACAGUGAGGAGCACUCCCUGGGAGGGCAGAUGGAGGACAUUAAGCUGGAAGACUCCUCACCCAGGGACAACGGGGCCUGCUCCUCCAUGCUGAUCUCCGACGAUGACACCAAGGACGAUAGUUCCAUGUCAUCCUACUCGGUGCUGAGCGCCGGCUCCCACGAGGAGGACAAACUGCACUGUGAGGACAUCGGGGAGGACACAGUCCUGGUGCGCAGCAGUCAGGGUAGAGCCACCCUGCCCAGGAGCAGCAGCCUGGACCGGGACUGGGCCAUCACCUUUGAGCAGUUCCUAGCCUCGCUCUUGACGGAGCCUGCUCUCGUGAAGUACUUCGACAAGCCAGUGUGCAUGAUGGCCAGGGUCACCAGCGCAAAGAACAUCCGUAUGAUGGGCAAGCCCCUCACCUCCGCCAGUGACUAUGAAAUCUCCGCCCUGUCAGGCUGAUGCGCGAAGGGAAGCCAAGAAGUUUUUACGUUCGUCUGUGUUGGGGGGUGGGGAGGGCUCUCUUUCCUUUUAAAUUAAAUAUUUAUUAGUACCUGGCUUAAAAAGCCUAGUGCUUUCAUAAUGUAAUUCAAUGAAAAAAUGGUGAGAGGUAAAUGCCCCAAAGUAAGGCACUGACAGUCUGCCUGUGAGGCAUGGCUACCAGAACCUAGUUUAUUCAGUGAUUUCCCCCCAAAGACCAACCUGUCAGUGAAAUGUGUAUUAUAACCUAGUACUCUCGCUGUAUCCAUAGUAAGAAAAUAGCUCUGUUCGAUGCUGAUAAAGACAGCUAUGCUCUGAGGUAAAGUUAGACCUAGGAGGAAGAUGGAGUAUCGCGAACCAGACUAUAGAAGGAAGGAGGAUUGUCGGCUGGGGUAAAUCUCCAAGGACUUUAGUGAGACUUAAAACUAUUUUUUAAGAUUUGAAAUAUAUUUCGUAAAAAUCCUCUAUCCAAAAAUCAUAUUCUGCGCUGGUCCCCCUUCAAGGGGGACACAUUCGGGUUUCAGGUAGUUAUGAAAAUAUAAAUGAUUUUGCACGGUGCUAGAAUGACAUAUUUGAUCAGUGUGGACAUCGACGACUUGCUCUGACUAUAUGUCAGGUGUCCCGGGGGAGAUGUGAUCCAUCUGAGAACCCAAAUGCUGUGGCAAAGAGGUCCCAGGACACGGGAUCCAGCUUUUGCUUCAGGUUUUAUUUCUGAAGGACCAGAAGUCCUGGUGCCUCUCAUAUCGGGUCUUUAGAUUCUCGUUACUCAUUGAAAAUAGGGCAAAAUAAUAUAAUAAAUGAAACAAUGAUCUUCACCACCUCAAUACUUUCUGUAGAGUCAAGAAAUUAUAUCAUGUAUCACAGAUGACCAACUUCCCACUAAGUCGCUACAGAGGUUGCGUUCGCAGCUAAGGGACUCUGCAAGAUGACAUAACUAGACGUUUAGAACAGAGCCUGUCACUUUUUAUUACAGAAUGGAAUGUUCUGGCUCCUGGAGGGGUGUGGACAUCAAGACGGCACGCCUGCACUUUGAAUCCUUAUUUCUGUUUACUGCUGUUAACUUGUUUGUUGCAGAUGCUGGGAGACUUUCCGGCUCCCGGCCUCAUAGUCAUGUUCACGGUCCCCCUGCCUGUCCUCAUGUUGCUUCCCAACACUGUCCUCUUUAUUACAUACCCAGUCCUUUCUUUAGCUGUCCCAGCUGUGAUUUUUUUUUAAUUUUAUUUACAGAAUGAUUUUUAAACUGUCAAAUGGAGUAGUUAUGGACCUCAACUAGGAUCAAUGUGACCAAAUAAAAUACUUCAGAUAUGG